CUGUUUUCUGUUCACUUCAACUCUGCACCAUACCAUACCGGCGUCAAAAGCAUUGAACAAUCAGUAGCAGUGGAAUCAAGCUGGGACAUGCAAUGAAUGAACUUGGUGGGCGCGUAGUUCUGGCGGAUGUCAUGAGCGAGUUCCUUGAGGUCGCCAUCCAUUUGAUACUCUUUGUACGCGGCAUUUAUCCACCAGAGCUCUUUGAGUCGACGCAGAAAUAUGGAUGUCCUCUCAAGACCGCGAGACAUCCCGGCCUUGUCUCAUACAUUCAGCAGAUCGUCCGAUCCAUUCGUAUGGAAUUGCACAAGGAUACGGUUCAUCGGAUAUGCAUCGUGACAUUAGACCCGACCGGCAAAGCGAUCGACCGUUUCGUCUUUGAAAUGAGCAUGCUAAGAGCCUUUGAUGACAGCAUCCUGGACCAAAUAACUGACCAUGGCAGCAAAAGUACAUAUUAUCAAUCACAGAACGAUACUAGUUCAGAUGGCGACCUCAAAGGAAAGGGCAGAGUCAUUGAAGGCCCAGGAGACCUAAAUCGCCCUAUGAGCGACAAAGAGAGAACUGACUCGCAUAAAGAGUACUACGGGAAUGGCGUGGAUACUGGAAAUGAUGCGGAUGACGAGCCCCUGUAUCCAAAUCCUUCGCGCGGGAAAGCGAACAUGCAAAAGGAGCAGCAUAAUCAUUAUCAUAAUUCGGAGUCAGCGAGGGAGGCGCCAAGAUUUGGCGGUUCGAUAGCUCUAACUACAGAUGUACAGUGGAUGUUGAGGGCCAUGUUGCUGAAGAUCAGCGUCUGCGACUCGUACUUGAAGCCACUCGCAGAUGACUGCUCAUUUACAGUCGUGAUUGAGAUGAAAGCGGCAGGGUCUGGUCCAGAUGCAAAGCCUAAUUUUCCAUGGGCACCGAUCAGUGCUGCCGCGACUACAGAGAGAUCAAAGCUUUCAGCGUCUGCGGCUCAACCUUCUCCAGACCGAAAGAUUAUACCCGUCAAGACUAUAGACAUCGCUGAUAUACAGGUGGAGCUCUAUAUCGAAGAGUUUAGCAGCCCUCAGAAUUAG